AAGUAUGCAAAUUUUUGCUAUCAAUAAUGAUUUAUUGAAAGUAAACAAUGUUUUGUUACUUAUAUCGAUGGGGAAAGGCCCGUUACCAGGUGCCCCCACCCCCCUGAAAUCCGCCCACGCCUUUGUGAUUGAAUGAUGCCGCGGAAUACCUACUAGUGACGUCCCUGUUGAAGUCACCAACCCGGCCCCCGUUAUUAUGGUGCCGACGAUUUAAGAAAAUUGUUGGUGAAAGUUUAUGAUGCAAUGCGAUCGCCGAUAGGAUCAUUCCAACUGCUAGUCCUGAAGAUACCUAGCCUAAUUACCUAGCCUACUACCUAUUUGGGAUAGGAUAUGCAAGCUAGCAUAGCUAGGCGUCCUCUGUUGGACAUCAACAUGGAAGGCCUGUGACAGAAACUGCUGUAACAUUUUACAUCGCCUCAUCUUCCUAUUGCUUGGUGUGUUGGUUGAUGUUUCCUGAAUCCUUCAGCGAAAAUGAAGUCUGCCAAUUAACAGUCAAACACAUAACCUUGUGGAUAAAUCUAGAGGAAUCGGUACUUAUAAACUUCCUAAUGAACAGUUGAUAUAAGAUGUAGAAAAAUGCAGUUUCUACAUGAGGCAUUUAAUAGUAAGGAAACCAUCAUCAAGCAGAAAUAAUGGUGAGGUUCCAGCUAGUGAGAUUCAUUGCGACAGUGUCUAUUGCUGCUCUUCUAGUCCUUUUCUAUAUGAUUUUGUUUGAUGGCACCACACCGAAACCUGUAAAGCUUGUGAAGAAUCAGGGAUGGAGUUCAAAGUUAAGUGAGUAUCCUGUGAUAGAAGGUUCUGCUGUUGAGUCUCAGUUCAUGGCUCUGAAAGUUAACAAUUGUUCAGGAAGUUUAAUGCAGCAACAUUAUGUUAAGUUAAAUAAUAAGUACUGGCAGGUAGUAGAUGAUGGACAAGUUUAUCUCUACAGUGGAUUUUAUGAUGCUAGGUUUGUCUACCUAAAAGUUGAAUAUCACUAUGUGAGAAUUAUUGGCAUGUCAGUUGGUAAAAUUAGUGGCAGAAAAUAUCACUGCAGUCUCUGGUAUAAACAGUUACCACAUCUUAUCACGAUUGAAGCCGAGGUACAAGAGAUCUGGUUGCAGCAAUGGAACCCCAAUCCAGAGCCUGAUAUGUACCAUGCAUAUUUGUUUACCUGUCCUAUUCCUUUAGAAAUAAAAAACAAAAAUAUUUUCCCUAGUUAUGUUUCACUUUCGAGCAAUGUUUGUAAGAACAUAACCACCAAGUUACCUCUUUUGGGAGAGGAGGUUAAUAUUUUGAAGAAAAGAAAACAAAAAGGCUUUGUGGUAUGUGUGAAGGGGAUGGAUUUUGCAAAAGACCUUUCUUUGAGAUUGGUUGAAUGGUUAGAAUUACUUUUCAUUUUAGGUGCAGAUAAAGUAUAUUUUUACAAGUAUAGGUUACAUGAAAAUAUGGAAAGAGUUCUAGAGUUCUAUGAAAAGCAGAAAAAGAUUCAGGUUGUACCUUUGACCUUACCUGGUGACCAGCCUAACAGUCCUGACCUUAGGAGUUCAUACUUAAAAAGAGCAGUAUGGCAGAAACGGAGAAUGAGUUGUACCGUACAAUGACUG